GCAUUAAAAGAGAAGCAAAAAUAUGGAAAAAAGGAAGUUGAAAAAAGAAUUGCAAAAAAAGUAAGAAAAAUAUUAGAGGAAUAUUUUCUAGCUUGUAAAGCAGACAAAAGUGAUCACUAUACCGUGCAAGAUAUGUAUGAAGCUCUUCAGCAAAGGGUACUUGAGGAUGAAAUUGAGGCCGAAGCUAUUCCAAAAGUAUCUACUAUUCAAAGCUGGAUAGGCCAUUAUACUCGUCAAUAUCAUAAACAUGCAGCUCAGACAGCGUUAUCUUAUACCCAAAAACUGCCAACUGCUAGACUUUUCUUAAAUAAUCUACAAAAUUUUACCCCAAAUAAUACUAAUGAUUUUUACUGGUUUGGAGGUGGAUCAUGA